AUGGAUCAAGAGAUGGCAGACAUAGAGUCUCAAACUAUUUACAAAGGGUCUCAAACAGUGCAUGAGGAUGAACCUGACAUCUUCCACAAGGGAAAACGUCCCGUAAUCCUCAAGUUUGAUGAAGUUGUCUAUAAAAUUAAGAGCAAGAAAGGUGGAUUAUUUGAGAAGAACACCAAGGCAGAAGAGAAAGUGAUACUGAAGGGAGUGACAGGUAUUGUUCAACCUGGUGAAAUGCUGGCCAUGCUAGGUCCAUCUGGAAGUGGCAAAACAACUCUGCUAACAGCUUUGGGAGGAAGGCUUGGAGGGAGACUUUAUGGAAGUAUAACUUACAAUGGAGAACCCUUCUCAAAUGCAAUGAAGAGGAACACUGGCUUUGUUACUCAAGAUGAUGUUCUUUACCCUCACUUGACUGUGACUGAAACCCUACUGUUCACUGCACUUCUUAGAUUGCCCAAAAGUGUCACCAAAGAAGAGAAAGUUAUGCAUGCAAAAGCUGUGAUAGAUCAACUUGGUUUAACCAAGUGCAAGGAUAGCAUUGUUGGAAGCCCAUAUCUGAGGGGGGUUUCUGGGGGAGAGAGAAAAAGGGUUAGCAUUGGACAAGAAUUGCUCAUAAACCCAAGUUUGUUGUUUCUAGAUGAACCUACCUCUGGCCUAGACUCAACCACAGCACAAAGAAUUGUCUCAACUUUGUGGGAGCUAGCAUGUGGUGGGAGAACUAUUGUGAUGACAAUACACCAACCUUCAAGUAGGCUAUACUAUAUGUUUCAUAAGGUGUUGCUGCUAUCAGAAGGGAACCUGGUGUAUUUUGGAAAGGGGUCUGAAGCCAUUGAAUAUUUUUCUAAUAUUGGAUAUUCCCCAGCAAUGGCCAUGAAUCCUUCAGACUUCCUUUUAGAUCUUGCAAAUGGUAUAUACACUGAUGAAUUGAAUGAGGACCAAACCAUAGAUAAACAGCAAUUAGUUUCCGCGUAUAAGAACCGCUUUAAAGCACAAUUGAAGCCAUUACUUCAAGAAAUCGGUGACUCUGGCAAAAGUCAGGGUAGAUUUCAAGACACGGGCUCUGAAAAAUGGCCUACAAGUUGGUCGCAGCAAUUCUUUGUACUGUUAAGAAGAGACGUCAAAGAGAGAAAGUAUGAAUCAUUCUCUGGCGUGCGUAUUUGUCAGGUCCUUGUGGUUGCACUUAUUUCAGGACUACUAUGGUAUAAGUCCGAUAUUUCACACUUGCAGGAUCAGAUUGGGCUUCUAUUCUUCAUAUCUGGCUUUUGGGGUUUUUUCCCUCUCUUUCAAGCAAUUUUCACAUUUCCACAAGAGCUAAUGAUGCUAGAGAAAGAAAGAUCCUCAGGAACGUACAGGCUCUCCUCAUACUUCAUGUCAAGGAUAGUAGCUGAUCUUCCAAUGGAACUUGUCCUUCCCACCAUAUUUCUUCUCAUAACAUAUUGGAUGGCAGGGCUGAAAGCUAAUGUGGUCAACUUUUUGUACACACUACUCAGCCUCUUACUCAAUGUGUUAGUGGCUCAAGGCUUAGGCCUUGCCAUUGGUGCUGUUGUACUGGACCAAAAAUCAGCAACCACACUUGCCUCAGUGAUCAUGCUAUGUUUCUUGUUGGCUGGUGGGUUUUAUGUUCAGCAUGUUCCAAAAUUUAUAGCAUGGGUGAAGUACAUCUCCAUUAGCUACUAUACAUACCAGCUCUUUAUUGGGUCUCAAUAUCACACUGGUGAAACAUACCCUUGUUCAAAUAAUGGCCAGUGUCCAAUUGUUGAAUUUCCUGCUAUUAAGGAAAUGGGGUUUCAUUUCCACGGGCAAGCCUUGGCUGCAUUAGCUCUAGUGAUAAUGCUAAUAGGUUACAGACUUAUAGCUUAUUUUGCACUUAUGAGGAUUGGAGUGACAAAGAAAUUGGCCUAG